AUGACCCACAUGGGAGGCUCCCAAGUUUCUGCUGCUGUGCUGGCUAUCGCGUUUGAAGCGACUGCUGUUGUUGCACAUGCCACCGCUGCUCCAGCCUCUAAGGCAUGGGCUGAGAAGCCGGAGAAGGUGGCAGGAGGAUCCAAAUCCUGCCAGACCCUGUGUCUCCAGGGGGUACAGGAGGACAACAGUUGCUGCAGGCUGGGGCUCGGGAGCCUGGGCAAGGGCAGCACAAGAGGACUUGGUAGUUCCAGCUCCUUUAAACUCAACAACAAGCCAAGAGGAAGCAAGAAGCCCAGAUUAGCUGUGGCUGUGAAGGAAAUUCCAAGGAAAGCCAAGAAACUGGCAGCCACCGUGGCCAAGAAAGCAAUCAAGAGCUUAGAGAAUAUGAAAGCUGACAGACCAAAAAGCAAAGAUCCAGCUAAAGGCAAAACAGUGAAACCCAAGGUUACCAGACCCAAGGCACAGAAAUCGAAAGUGGCCUCAGGCUGA